AUGAGUGACCGUCGGAUCGGUUGCAGGGACUGGGAGCGGGGCCGGGAGCGGCGCAGUCGGGAUUACCGGGACUACGAGCGGAGCCGGCGGGAGCGCUUCUCGCCGGCCCGGCACGAGCUGAGCCCGCCCCAGAAACGGCUCCGGAGGGACUGGGAUGACCACGCCGCUGACCCCUACCACGCCGGCUACGAGCUGCCCUACAGCGGGGGGGGAGGGGCCGGCCCCACCUACGGCCCCCCCCAGGCGCCCUGGGGACCCCACGAGGUGCAGCACCCGCUGCUGCAGCACCAGCUGCUGCCCAUCCAGGCCAGGCUGGGCAGCAUCGCCGAGGUGGAGCUGGGCGCGGCGCCGCCAGUGCUCAAGAGCUUCAAGGAGUUCCUGCUGUCGCUGGACGACGCCGUGGACGAGACGGAGGCCGUGAAGCGCUACAACGACUACAAGCUGGACUUCCGGCGCCAGCAGCUGCAGGACUUCUUCCUGGCCCACAAGGACGAGGAGUGGUACCCCAAAAUCAUCAAAAACCUGGGGGCAGCCGUGAUUAAGAUGGAGGGGGGCACCGAGCACGACCUGCGCAUCCUGGAGCAGGAGGAGGAGGAGGAGCGGGCGGAAAAGGCCGAAGGCCAAAAGAAGGAGGAGCCGCGGCCGCCGGAGCCGCCCGGGAAGGGGUCGGCCGAGCGCCCCGAGGGCGCCGACGGCGCCAAGGCCGAGGGGGCGGAGCCGGGGGCGGAGCCCGCGCCGGGGGCGGGGCCAGAGCAGGAGGAGGCGGGGCCGGACACGGCGCCCCAGGCCGAGGAGGGCGACAAGGAGGGCGGGGCCAAGGACAUUUUUGAUCCCCUCAGGUUCUUCAGGAGGGGCUGGGUGACCUUCGACCGCAGCGUGAACAUCAAGGAGAUCUGCUGGAGCCUGCAGAACAUCCGCCUGCGGGAGUGCGAGCUGAGCCCCGGCGUGAACCGGGACCUGACGCGGCGCGUGCGGAACGUCUCGGGGCUCACCCAGCACCGCCCGGUCGUGCGGCACGACAUCAAGCUGGCCGCGCGCCUGGUGCAGGCGCUGGACGCCCGCGCCCGCCUCUGGAGCCCCCCGGGCGCCGAGGGCGACGCCGACGCCACCGCCGAGCCCCCGCCCACCCAGCCCGGGGCCCAGAACCCGGUGCUGCGGCACAUCACCGAUUACCUGAUCGUGUCCCCAGUGUCCCCAGCCCAGAACCCGGUGCUGCGGCACAUCACGGAUUACCUGAUCGUGUCCCAAUGGUUCUUCAACAACUUCCUGAUGGACCCCAAGCGGCCGGCGCUGCCCGAGGGGGGCAAGGGCCCGCCAGGGCUGGCCGCGGGGGCGCUGCCCUACCCCCCCCAGUCCCCCCAGGGGCUGCUGCCCUACGGGAGCCCCCGGCCGCCCGCGCUGGGCUACGGAGGGUCCCACCCCUACCCCCCCGGGCCCUACGGGGGUCGCGGCAGCUACGAAACCUUCCGGGGGCAGGGGGGGGCCGGGGGGGGGUACCUGAACAAACCCCGCAGCAGGCUGGUGCGGGGCGACCCCCGCGCCAUCGUCGAGUACCGGGACCUGGACGCGCCCGAGGACGUCGACUUCUUCUGACCCUCCCCCACCCCAAAGCCCCUCCCCCAAAGCCCCUCCCCCACCCCGAAGCCCCUCCCCCCCAAAAUUCAAUAAAGCCGCUCCGCCCCCCCACGAAAUUUCGGGGAGUUUGGGGCAGUUUCGGAGUUUUCGCAGCA